AUGAGAGAUUACAAAUUAGUUGUGUUAGGUGCAGGAGGUGUUGGUAAGUCCUGUCUUACAGUUCAGUUCGUACAGGGCGUCUAUCUGGACACCUAUGACCCAACAAUUGAAGAUUCCUAUAGGAAGACUAUUGAAAUUGACAACAAAGUGUUUGAUUUGGAGAUCCUCGAUACUGCGGGUGUUGCACAGUUCACCGCUAUGAGAGAAUUGUAUAUCAAAUCAGGGAUGGGGUUUUUAUUGGUUUAUUCAGUUACUGAUCGUCAAUCUCUAGAAGAACUACUUGAUCUUAGAGAACAGGUUUUGCGUAUAAAGGAUGUGAGUCGUGUACCAAUGGUUCUAGUGGGAAAUAAAGCCGAUUUAGGAGAUGAACGGGUAGUUAGUGUUGAGGAAGGUAUUGAAGUUAGCAGUAAAUGGGGGAAAGUUCCUUUUUAUGAAACCAGUGCGUUAUUGAGAAGUAAUGUCGAUGAAGUAUUUGUAGAUUUGGUAAGGCAGAUAAUGAGAAAUGAAUUGGAAGCUGUUAAUAACAAUCCUAAGGGCACAAAAGGUCGUGCAGUGACACCAGCGGCAGCAACGAACGUUAAAAGAGGUGGUGCAACUCCGGUACAUCAAGUGAAGGCACCUACUUCAAAGAGUCGUCCAAAUGCACAGCAUAGAGCACAUCAGAGACAACAAUCGAAGGCGGCUGCCAAUGGUUCUACAGGCAAAGAUCAAUCGUCAAAGAAAAAGCAAAAGGACAAAUGUGUAAUUUCAUGA